CUCUGAAUGGCCAAGAAGCAAAAGAAAUUAUAAAAAACUGGUUGCCGGUUGAUAUCUAUAUUGGUGGUCAAGAACACGCUAAUUUACAUUUGCUAUAUGCUCGCUUCUGGCACAAGCUUCUUUAUAAGACGGGUGUAGUUUCACAACCAGAACCAUUUCAAAGGUUUAUUUGCCAAGGUAUGAUUUUAGGAACGGAUGGGGAAAAGAUGUCAAAAUCACGAGGUAAUAUUAUUAACCCCAACGAGUUAGUGGAAAAAUAUGGCGCUGAUGCUCUACGACUUUACGAAAUAUUUUUAGGUCCACCUGAACAGACUACUAAAUUUGACCUGAAUGGAGCAAUCCUCACUGGUAUUCGCAACCCCGCAAUAGAAAAUGCUUAUUAUGAAAUGGUUAUGAAAUCUAACAUUUAUUAUGAAAAAAAUAAACUAAAUUUGGUGGUUUCCUCUUUAAUGGUUUUUAUUAACGAGUGCUAUAAAGUAGAAAUGAAAUGCAUGCCCACCGAAUGCUUUCUUGGGUUUUUGAAACUAUUGAAUCCGCUCGCUCCCCAUCUCAUAGAAAAAUUCUCAAUUUCUCCUUCCGCACAAUUAAACCUUAUAGUGCAAAUUAAUGGUCAAAAAGAAGCAGUGAUUUUAGCAAAUAAAGACGCCGACCAGAAGGAGAUAGAAGCAUUAGCCAAAAACGACCCAAAGAUAAAACACGCUUACCAAGAAAUCAGAAAAGAAAUUACUAAUUCACCUGAAAUCCAAUUAGUUGACCCGAGUGUUGCCCGCAUUAUCCAAGAAGGUGGCGAAAUUAGUGAGGAUUUGAAAAAGGCUAAAAUAAUUUUCUUUCCUAUCAAUAAUUCCGAACAACACGAAACCGGAGACACCGGAAGCCAUUGGACUUUAUUAGUUUUUGCAGGAGAUGAAUUAGGUAUAUUUUUUAAUUAUAAUUCUUUGGAAUUUUCGACUACUCCGGAAAAUGCUAUGAAAGUAGCAGAAAAUUUUCACAAGAAAGCAAAUUUAACAACUUUAAUUAACGUCGAAAAUGUGAAAGAAAUUCCUCGGCAAACCAAUAAUGCUGACUGUGGAGUUUAUGUCAUUGCUUACACCCGAGCCUUAAUUAAAAAAUACCAAGAAAGUCAACCAGUGGAAGAAGGUUCGUUUAGUAUAAGUUUGGACGAAAAAGACUUAAUUUUCCCCAUUGCCGAAGAAAGACAAAAAUUAAAAGCAGUUG